GAAAGAAAAGAGAGGUUAUUUCCAAAUUCUACACACACUUCUGGAGGUUUAGUUCAGUCUCACUCAAGACCAAAGAAAAAUUUACUGUCUACUGUCUGACCAUUUACCGUAACAAACUAUACAAAAGCGCACAGAAAUCAUAUAGUAGCAUUUUGUAAAUGUAAAUUGUAAUCAUCUAAGCACGAUCUUUGUAUAUUUCUUUAAUCUAUAAUAUAAUUUUGCCCCCCAAAAGAUCAAGAGAAAAAAGGAUCUAGGAGGUCGCAUGGGCAAUUAAUGUACUACUAGUGUAAAAUCUAAAAUCCACAUAUCUCAAUUGAAAGCCAAUGCGAUUAGUGGGUUGACUCCAAUUUUCUGAGGGGAGAAGAAAGAUGAGGCAACCAUUAUUCUCUUUAAAAUUCGCCUUCUUCUUCUCUCUUUCACUCGCCGCUUCAUACACUGCCACUUGCACUUCCUAUCGCAUACUCAAACUACCCGUACCCAAGGCCUCAUGCUCCGAUUUGCUUGCUCUGUUGGGCCCACCUCAACAAGCCUUAUCUGUAAACUCUCAAGAGGCGCGCCAACUCCAAUCUUGCUUCAAAUUCCUCGUCCCUUUUUCUCCGGCUUCAAAUAGACGAUCGUUGAGUAAUGGAAGAAGGAGUAUAAGUGAAGAGAAUGAGCUUAUUUGGUGGCCCCCGGCCCCCGUGAUGGAGCUCGCUCGGCUUGCCGUUGAUUCUGGUGGUGAUACUGCCUCUAUUCAAAGGACUCUUGAUCCAACUGUCAUACCUGUUCCUGACAUUGAAGGAUCAAAGGAAGACAGAUGUGAACUUACUAGAACUCCUUAUGGGAGACUUUUUAUUAAUGAGGAGAUAAAUUCAUACCUUGAACUUUUGUUUGAAAUGAUUGUUGCUCGGGGACCUAGUGUAGGGCUGAAUGUAUCAUUGUCGCGCUUUGACUUCUUUCAUGGUCAUGUCUUUCUUGCGAGAGACUCUGGAAGGCUUGGGAUUUUGUUCCAUGCUAAGGAGUAUCCAGCAUAUGAUAAGGAAGUCUUCCCUUGCAACAUGGGCUACUGCCAAAUAGGAUCUAACGUCUCUUAUGAUGAUUCAAUGAAUUUGCGAAAUAUAUUGUGGCUAGCUCCAUUAGCUAGCAACUCCACAAAAGAAUGGUUAGCACCAGACACGUUGGUGGAGGGUCUUUCUAACUCCCAGGGGAGAUCAGUGAGGUGUCUUAUCGGAUAAAAAGACAUGGUAGACACCUCUAUCAAUUUGUCUAAUUGUCUUUCUGUGGUUGGCAAAAGUUUAGUCGUAAAGAACUUUGUGUUACUUUUUGACUUUGUGAACAAUCAAUGACGUCUUUAAUGACUUAGAGCCCCUGCUUGUUGGGUUCUAUGACAUUCACCUUUUUAUGUUGAGUUACACUUCAGUACUCUUGAGGGGGAGCGGUAGGUCAGCAGAGGCAAGUUCCGGGUUCAGUUGAAUGAGAGCAAAUGGUGAAGAUGGACAGUAUCAUAACGAAAAAGUUCUCAAUGUUAUUUGGGCUUCAAGUAAACCACUGUUCAAUUAGGUUAUAUUACCUAGUCGGAAAAGGGCCAAAAUUACCCUGAACUUUGGAAAAUAGUUCAUCCAUACCCUUCGUUAUACUUUAGGGCCAAUUAUACCCUUACCGUUAUACUAUGAGGUCAAUUAUACCCUUAUGUCUAACAGCUGCCACGUGACAUCAUCCCAGCCCUUCAAAAUUAUUUUCCCCUCAAAUAAUUUUUUACCCACUAAAAUAACCCAACCCGAUCCGAUCCGAAUUUUUUUUUUCCAGCCAAAGUGAUACGGACUCAACCCAUUACCCCUUGGCUAGAAAAAAAAUUUCGGGUCGGGUUGGGUUAUUUUAGUGGGUAAAAAAUAAUUUUGAAGGGUAUGUCACGUGGCAGCUGUUAGACAUAAGGGUAUAAUUGACCCCAUAGUAUAACGGUAAGGGUAUAAUUGAUCCUAAAGUAUAACGAAGGGUAUGGAUGAACUAUUUUCCAAAGUUCAGGGUAAUUUUGGCCCUUUUCCGUUACCUAGUUCAAGCUACCCAAAAAAAAAAAAAAGAUCUAAUUGGAUAACAAUUAACAUCCUGGUGAUCUGUAAGAAUGAUUAUCGAUGAUAAUCAGGAUUAGUUGGAAAAAGAUAGAGCGAUGAAACCGUUAUGGUUAAAAGUCUCCUGUUUACCUUGUGACUUCUGUUUUCGGAAAUUCAUGUUGACAGGAGUCCUAGUUGUCUUGGAUGCACAUCCAACUGGAAUCAUAUACAAGGACCUCAUACCCGAGUAUGUUCACAUUGCCAG